AUGGUAAAUGAUGAAGGGUUCUUUUUCUUUAAGUUUGAUUCAAAGGAAGGUAUGAUGAGUGUACUGGAGGGAGGUCCACGGCUUAUUAAUAAUGUGCCUAUGUUCGUUCAAAGAUGGAGACCUGGUCUAGUUCUGAGUAAACCUCAAAUCAAAUUUGUUCCUAUGUGGGUCAAAGUCUUUAAUGUGCCUUUGGAGUAUUGGAACAGCAAGGGAAUCACAUUGAUUGCUAAUGAAAUUUGGAUACCAAUUGCUAUGGAUAAAAUCACUCAGAAAAUGUGUAAUGAACAUUGGGGAAGGCCAGCAUUUAUGAGAUUUCUUGUGGAAAUGUCAUCAGAAUCAGAAUGGAUGAAAGAGUUAAGUGUUGUCUCAAUUGACUUUGGGACAGGAGAAAAAGUUGAAUCAAAAUGCAAGAUAGAGUAUGCGUGGAGGCCUGAUGUUUGUAAUCACUGCAAAGUUUAUGGACAUAAGAAUAGCAAUUGUGGGAUUUUAAAUAGCUUGAAAAGUGAUAAUGUUGCUGAUGAGGCUGUUAACUCAGAAGAAAAUGGGAAAAAAGAGCAAGUUGAUGAUGAUGGUUUUAUCUUAGUCACAAAGAAGAACAAUAAAGGACAGAAGUUUAGUCCUGGUGUGGUUAUUAAUGAAAAUGGCAAAGUGGAUUUGAUAAAAUCCUUGGAGAAAAAUACGAUCCCUAUUAGUGAAGGAGUUACUAUUAGCAACAAUGAAGGAAUUUCAAAAGAUGUGGAUAAUCAAGGAAAGCAAAAAAAUAAGCAAAUUGAAGAACAAGAAAGUCAAAAGGGAUCUCAAAAAGAAGAUCGAAUUAGUAAAGGAGCUGAUAAUAGAAAUAAUGGGGGAAAUUUCUCGAAAUUUGCUGUGGGAAAUCUUAAAAAAGAUGGGAAAGAGAAAGGGGUAUUUCAGUCAAAGGAGGGUAAAAGUGGGAAAAUGAAUGGAACAGGGGUGUUUAUCCCAAAAGAAAAACUGGGGACAAGAGUGAAGAAUGUAAUUGAAAAUUUUAAUGCUAGAAAAGAAGAAAUGCAGGGGAAAAAAGAAGAAGGCCGGAAAAAGGUGUAUGUUCCUAAGAAGCAAGUGGAUUUUAAAGUUAGUUCUAACUUUGAUAAUAUAGGUUCUACUUCAGGUAAAGAUGAUCAAGAUGAGAUAAUAUCACAAAAUCCUUUUGAUGUUUUAGCCGACUUGGGAUUAAGGGAUAUGUCUUAUUUAGAUGAGAUUGACCCGGAGAUUUUAACUGGAGGUGCCCAGGAGACAAUCACCGAAAAUCCAAUUGUUGAUCAAUGA